UAUUGAUUCUUGAUUCCUUGGCAAAUAGUUAAAGCUUUUCUUCCUCUUCAGUAUCUAAACCGAAUUUAUUUUACCCCAUAUAUAACUGGAGAUGUGAAUCUGUGCUGGUCUUGAAAAAACUUUGUGUUGAGCCUCUUCGAACUCUGGGAACAUAUGUGCUUUAAUUCUGGUUGUUUUCCUUCCAGUGUCUUCUGAUUACCUUGAAGAAUUUCUCAGUUGCCCAGAUCCUUUCACCAAGUGUUUAUCAAAGAAUUGAGUUUCUCUCUCACUGAGGUUCCUUCACUUCCAGUAUGGAGAUGAAUCGAGAAAAACUGUGUACCAGCAAGGCUGAUGUGAGCUCAGAUUCUGCUUAUCAUUGCUCAACAUGUCAUGAUGAUGAGGAGUGGAGCAAUACUAGCCGGGGACGAGCUAAGUCACGAAGUUUGUCUGCUUCACCAGCCCUAGGAAGCACCAAAGAAUUCCGGAGAACACGCUCCUUGCAUGGACCAUGCCCAGUGACCACAUUUGGACCAAAGGCCUGUAUGCUGCAAAAUCCUAAAACGAUUAUGCACAUUCAGGAUCCAGCAAGCCAGCGGUUGACAUGGAACAAACCUCCCAAGAGCGUCCUCGUUAUUAAAAAGAUACGUGAUGCCAGUCUGCUGCAGCCUUUUAAAGAGCUUUGUGUCUAUCUUACUGAGGAGAACAAUAUGAUAGUGUAUGUAGAAAAAAAAGUAUUGGAAGACCCCGCUAUAGCUAAUGAUGAUAAUUUUGGACCAGUGAAGAAGAAAUUUUGCACCUUCAGAGAAGAUUAUGAUGAUAUCUCCAACCAGAUAGACUUUAUCAUAUGCCUGGGAGGAGAUGGGACCUUACUUUAUGCUUCUUCGCUUUUCCAGGGUAGUGUACCUCCAGUUAUGGCUUUUCAUCUGGGAUCCCUUGGAUUUCUUACUCCAUUUAAUUUUGAGAAUUUUCAGUCCCAAGUCACUCAGGUUAUAGAAGGUAAUGCAGCGCUUGUUCUACGAAGCAGGCUGAAAGUGAAAGUAGUAAAAGAGCACAGAGAGAAAAUGACGGUACAAAAUGGUAUAGAAGAAAAUGGAGUGGUGUCUACAAAUAUAGAGAAAGAAGUGGGCAAGCAAAUCAUGCAAUAUCAGGUCCUAAAUGAAGUUGUGGUGGAUCGUGGUCCUUCUUCCUACCUUUCCAAUGUAGAUGUCUUUCUAGAUGGACACCUGAUAACAACAGUGCAAGGAGAUGGAGUCAUUGUCUCCACGCCGACUGGUAGCACUGCAUAUGCAGCUGCAGCAGGAGCUUCUAUGAUUCAUCCAAAUGUUCCUGCAAUAAUGAUCACCCCAAUCUGCCCUCACUCAUUGUCUUUCAGACCUAUUGUUGUACCUGCAGGAGUGGAACUCAAGAUUAUGCUCUCUCCGGAUGCCAGGAAUACAGCAUGGGUUUCAUUUGAUGGAAGGAAGAGGCAGGAAAUAUGCCAUGGAGACAGUAUUAGCAUCACUACCUCUUGCUAUCCCCUUCCUUCGAUCUGUUUCCGAGAUCCUGUGAGCGACUGGUUUGAAAGCUUGGCUGAGUGUUUACACUGGAAUGUUCGGAAGAAGCAAAAUAACUUUGCUGUUGAAGAAGAAGAAUUUUGAGUGUCUACAUCUAACAAGACUCAUGGGAAUGGAAAGUGGCAGUAUCCCUUCUAUAUGCUUGGAUUUUUAAGUUUAUGGCUAAUAAGUGUGGUCACCAUCUCAGACCUAUAUAGUGAUUAUAGUUUAUAUCUGUCUGAUCUGCUGAUGGCUGGAAAUUAUUGUGCUACUUCCUGUCCCCCAAGAGUAUGAAUGGAAGAAAUUAGGCUCCAGUUGUUGUAAUCCAAUAUGAAUUUUCCUUCAAAUGAGCAAUCUGAAAAUUAUUACUUCUGAUUGGUAUUGCAACAGCAUCUGUAGAUUUGAUUGUAACCUGGAAGUUACCAGUAACACGGUAGGCUGAAUGUAGAUACAUAAUAGAAAAGUGGCAGUACAAAAGUGGCAUUAAAAUAUUCUGUUUAAUUUGGUAUAUUUGUAAUUCCAUUUAAGACUGCUAUGCAUAUAAAGGCUCUAAAAUUUUCUU